CGCGAGGUGCCAGUCGAGUAGAGUCCGCCCGACCGCGAGGACUCUACCCCGCCGUUUCCCUUACGAUAACAUCUCCGCGAUAUCAAAUUGUUGUGCCAAAGGUGACAAUCAUAAAUGACAUCACAAAGGUUAACUAUUAUUUAGCGCAAGAACUUUCCGGUUUCAGUAGCAGACGAGCGACGGGAGAGGCCGCAAAAUGCUCCGUUUCCUUCUGUUGGUUGCCUUCGUGGCAGCAGCGGCCUCGCAGUCUGCUCCGGACCCUGGAUUCACACCAUCGGAAGAGGUAUCGCCGACGGUCCUAGGCGAGGUGGAGGCGCGCGACGGUGGCACUGACCUGGAGUUCCGGUACCACGACCACGAGCAGCUCACGCGCUACCUGCGCGCGGUAUCAGCACGCUACCCCGCCCUCACGGCUCUCUACUCCAUUGGCAAAUCCGUACAAGGACGCGAAUUAUGGGUGAUGGUGGUAUCAGCGUCUCCGUACGAGCACAUGCUGGGCAAGCCCGACGUUAAGUACGUGGCUAACAUACAUGGCAACGAAGCCGUCGGUCGGGAACUGCUACUACACCUCAUUCAGCACUUGGUCAGCUCCUACGACAGCGACCCCUACAUCAAAUGGUUGUUAGACAACACCAGGAUCCACCUAAUGCCGUCCAUGAACCCCGACGGUUUCGCCAUCUCUAAAGAGGGACAAUGCGACACCAUUCACGGCAGACACAACGCCCGUCGGUACGACCUGAACCGCAACUUCCCGGAUUACUUCAAGGCUAACACGAAGCAGCCGCAACCCGAGACGGAGGCGGUCAAGGAAUGGAUCUCCAAGAUCCAGUUCACGCUGUCGGGAUCCCUGCAUGGCGGCGCUCUCGUCGCCUCUUAUCCGUUCGACAACACGCCCAGUGCCAGACUAUGCAGAUCGUCAGUCCUGUGCUCAGUGUUCCAAAGCUACGCGCACUCGCCGUCGAUCGCUCCGGACGACGACGUGUUCCGCCACCUGUCGCUGGUGUACUCCAACAACCACGCCAAGAUGUCGCGAGGGGUCUCCUGCAAGUCGGGCUCGCCGCGCUUCGAGCACGGGAUCACUAACGGUGCCGCAUGGUACCCCCUUACAGGUGGAAUGCAGGACUACAACUAUUUGUGGCACGGAUGCAUGGAAGUCACAUUGGAAAUUUCCUGCUGCAAGUAUCCCCCGGCGCAUGAGCUGCCCAAGUAUUGGCAAGAUAACAAAGAGUCAAUGAUCAAGUACCUGGCCGAGGCGCACCGCGGCGCGCACGGGUUCGUGAUGGACGAGAACGGCAACCCGCUGGAGCGCGCCUCCGUGCGCGUCAAGUCGCGCGACGUCGCCUACCACACCACGCGCUACGGCGAGUUCUGGCGCAUCCUGCUGCCCGGCACCUACCGCCUCGAGGUCACUGCCGAAGGCUACUUGCCACAAGAAGUAGAAUUUAUCGUCAUCGAUAGCCACCCAACUCUACUUAAUGUAACUUUACAUUCGGCUAAGGGGUACGUGCCGAGCCUGCCCGCCAGAAAGCCGAGCCGCGGCUCCAGCAGGAGGGUCACCACCACCUCCUCAACUACCACUACCACUUCUACUACAGCCCCCGUCGGUGCCGACGGAGCAUGGAAAUUCCCUGAAGACUAAACCACUCGCAUCGACGGCGGGCCGUACUACCGGCCGCUGGCGCCGACGCGGCCGCACGCGCCGCCGCCGCCUGGCAUCUUCGCCUCAUUAUCUAAUUCUUUUAACAGUUUCGUUUCUAAUAUCUUUGGCUGAGCCAAGAAGCUCAACCAGAACGCGCAGAUAUGCGGUGCUAUGUGUUAACAGCCUAACCAACCCGGUUAUAGACAUUUGCCUAGUUAGUGGUUUAGUUGACAGACCAAUAAAGCCUGUAAUAUGUCAGUAUUUUCAAAUGAGAAGUAGGGUUCAAAGAACAUUAUUUUAAACUGUUGGCCAACGAAUCUCGGUGAAUGAAUCUCUAUGUAGUUCGAUCUAUUCUAAUUUCUUCAUACUACUUGGUUAUUAAGUUUGUUACUCAUUAUUAGCAAACAUUGUUUUUAUAUAUAAGAACUAUGUAGUAGCCUAACGAUUAGUUUUUAGACUAUUUUGGCAAUACCUAUAAUUAAUAUCUAAAUAUAAAUGGUCUCAUAAUACUAAAUAUUUCUUUAUCAAGAGUUCAGAUUUCAAAGAGAUUAUUCGAAAUAGUUUGAAACAGCGUAUGAUUAAUAUUAUUGUAAAUAUAGGUUAAUUUAUUAUAGUAAUUUAGUAAAAGUGUUAAGUUUAAUUUAUUUUAUUAUUUACAUGACAAAAUAAAAUUAUAAAGCAAAUAAA